GUGGGUGGUUUGAGGUCUGGGUCCAUCAGGACUUUAACUACCCGCAAUGUUUUUUUCCCCCCCUACCACAAUUCUGCAGCUGAAAGCAAGGAGAAUGGAAAAGUCAUUGUGCGUUUUUGCUUCAGUGCUUUUUCUUGGAGGUUUUCUGCGUGGAGGUGAGGUAGCGACAGAGAGUUUUCCUUUUCUAUCAAACUUUACGACCCCUGUGUCAGUAAAGUGGACCGAGGCUGGGACUGUGGAGGAGCAGAGCACAGACAGAGUGACUCCAACAGCAGGGACGAAGCUGUUCAGCAGCACCGUGAGACAGAAUCAGCCCAGCUCCACACAUGUCAGUGAAGACGAUAAGGGAAGAAACAAGGAGGAUGAAGAGGACAGCGAGGACGGCAAAACAAAAGAUAAAAAAGCAGAAUUGGGCUGCCCUCCCCUCGGCCUGGAGUCCCUGGCAGUUGACGACAGCCAGAUCCGGGCCUCGUCCUAUCAGCGAACGGGUCUGGGUCCUCACAGAGGGAGGCUGAACAUCCAGUCAGGAAUUCAUGACGGAGAUGAGUAUGAUGGAGCCUGGUGUGCUGAGUUCAAGGACCAGCAUCAGUGGCUUGAAGUGGACGCCAUUCAUCUCACCCUGUUUACAGGAGUCAUCCUGCAAGGCAGAAACUCUAUCUGGAGUUGGGAUUGGGUUGAAACCUACAAAGUUCAGUUUAGCAACGACUCCGUGGACUGGCAGACCUGCAGGAACGGAACAGAAGAGGCGAUAUUCAAAGGGAAUCAGGAUCCAGAGACUCCGGUUCUCGGGCUCCUGCCGGUUCCCACUGUCGCCCGUUUCAUCCGCAUCAACCCUCAGACCUGGUACUACAACGGGACCAUCUGCAUCAGGGCCGAGUUACUGGGCUGCCGUGUCCACGAUCCAACGGAUCCGUUUUCCAGUCAGCAAGAAGGAGGGUCCAGGGAUAAUCUGGACUUCAGACACCACAACUACAAAGAGAUGAGAAAGCUCAUGAAGUCUGUGACUGAGGAGUGUCCAGAGAUCACCCGCAUCUACACCAUAGGCAAGAGCUACAUGGGCCUCAAGCUGUACGUCAUGGAGAUAUCCGAUAACCCGGGAAAACAUGAACUCGGUGAACCGGAGUUUCGCUACGUGGCGGGGAUGCACGGGAACGAGGUGCUGGGCCGAGAGCUGGUCUUAAACCUCAUGCAGUAUUUGUGCAAAGAAUACAAAAAGGGCACCCAGCGUGUCGUGCGGCUGGUUACCGAGACGCGGAUCCACCUUCUGCCCUCCAUGAACCCAGACGGAUAUGAAGUUGCUCAUCAGAAGGGGUCAGAACUGGCCGGCUGGGCUGACGGGCGAUUCACCUUCGAAGGAAUCGAUCUGAAUCACAACUUUCCAGACCUCAACAACAUCAUGUGGGAGGCCCAGGAGAACGCAGCCGAUGCAUCUAAAGUGCCCAACCACUACAUCCCCAUCCCAGAAUACUACACUCAGGAAGAUGCCAUGGUUGCGCCAGAGACGAGGGCCGUCAUCAGCUGGAUGCAGGAUAUCCCCUUCGUGCUCAGCGCAAACCUUCACGGCGGGGAGCUGGUCGUCACGUACCCGUUCGACUGCACCCGUGACUGGGCCCCUCAGGAGGACACCCCCACGGCAGACGAUGCCUUCUUCCGCUGGCUGGCCACCGUCUACGCCUCGACCCACCUGGUCCUGGCCAACCCCGACCGCCGCAACUGCCAUUACGAGGACUUCCAGAUGCACAACAACAUCAUCAAUGGCGGCGCCUGGCACACAGUCCCCGGCA